CUACUUUUUCUCUCUCUUACGCUGCAUUUCUUGUUGUCAUUCGGAUUUCUUUGGUUCUACUUCCGUCCCUGCCCCAACCUCACCAUCUUUUUCAACAAAAGAAUUAUUCGAUUUCAUCUUCUCUCUCUCUCUCUCUCUCUAGAGUUUCUUCUCAACAUUCAACAUUCUUGAUUUCUCAUCUCUCUAGUUCUGAUCCCAAAUUGCAUUUUAAGCUCUCACUCACAUCCACCCAAAUGAAGAAGCUUGUCUUGAAAUUGGAUUUACAUGAUGACAAAGACAAGAGGAAGGCCUUGAAGAUGGUCACUACCCUUGCUGGAAUUGAUUCUAUCUCCAUGGACAUGAAAGGCAAGAAAUUGACAGUGGUUGGAACGGUGGAUCCUGUAAAACUAGUGGGCAAAUUGCGCAAAUUUUGGGCAGCUGAUAUUAUCCUUGUAGGACCGGCGAAAGAGCCUGAGAAGAAAGAGGAGGCGAAGAAGGAAGAACCUAAGAAAGAGGAGCCAAAGAAGGAGGAACCCAAGAAGGAGGAACCCAAGAAAGAAGAACCCAAGAAAGAGGAACCAAAGAAAGAAGAGGAAGCGAAAAAAGAAGAGCCCAAGAAGGAAGAGGAGAAGAAGGAACUAGCACCGGUGGUUGGAAUCAUGCCAUACAGGCCAUAUUAUUAUCCUCCUCCACCGAGCACUUAUUAUCCUCCUCUGAGCACAUAUCGCUAUGCUAAUCAUAGCAUGGAAGAGAAUCCGAGCGCAUGCGUUAUCUGUUGAUUUGGUAAGAUAAUAUUGGCUUUGUGCUUCUUUUAGUUGGUAUUUGGUUUUAUAUUUUUUUGAUGCAAAUCCGACUGAGCACAUCUGAGAACAGAGAAAAUCUUGUGUAUAGUUGGUGAUGUUCUGUAGGUCUGUUCAAAAUUAAGCAGAUAUGUAGAGAGAACUAAAUAAAUUUUGAUAACUAUAUUGAAUGCUUAAGUUGGAGCUGAUGUUCUUA